GAGUGCACGCAGACGGCACGCGCGCAACCGGACAGUCGCGAUGUCCAAACAAUAACAAAAACACUGUGCAAGUGCAGAUGCGCGCGGAUGUGCAGAAGAAAAUUAAACCGGUGAUAUAAUAAAAGAAAAAAAACUAGUCUUGUGCGUUAUAAGAGAAUCAGAGUUAGUUAACUAUUUUAAAAUGUACAGUGCACUCCAUCAACGAAUCGCGCGUGGAAUACCUUUGAUACGACAUGCUUCGAACGCGGCUAAAGAUUCCACCCUAGCUCAGAACUACUGCAUGAAUUUGGUCAGGCAAUACGACAAGGAGAACUUCCUCUGCACAUUACUGCUCAAAAAUCCGGAACGACGAAGCGCUUUGGCCAUCCGGGCGUUCAACGUGGAGAUCGCGCGGAUUACCGGCACCGUGUCGGACGACAAAAUCGGUCAAAUGAGGCUGAAAUUCUGGGAGGACACCAUUGAUAAGUUGUUCAAAAAUGAUUUAAAGCACGUUCCGGAGCAACCGGUUAUCCAGGAGCUGAAGGAAGUCAUCGAUAGCCAGAAGCUGACCAAGCGGUACUUUCAGCGAUUGAUUUCCGCUCGGUUGAACGCCAAUCUGCGGUUCGUGACCACCAAGCAGAUGGAAGAGUAUGUGGAGAACUCGGUUUGCAGCGUGCUGUACUUGCUGCUGGAAGCGCAUGGAGUGCGGAACGUUCAUGCCGAUCACGCGGCAUCCCACUUGGGGAAAGCUCAGGGCAUUGUCAACUUGUUGCGAUCGAUUCCCUAUCAGGAGCGGCGGAACGUGGUACCAGUGCCGCAGGAAGUGCUCAUGCAGCACGGAGUUAGCCAGGAGCGGGUGCUGCGGAAUCGCAAAGAAGACAAAGGCGUAGAGGAGGUGAUCUUUCAGCUAGCCGGUUUGGCACAUCAGCAUCUGGAGAAGGCACGGAAAUUGGCUGGAUCCGUGCCGAAGCAAGCAAAGCCCGUUCUGCUGCCUGGAGUGGCAACCGGUCGGUAUCUGGAGCGACUGAGGAGGGCGAAUUUCCACCUGACUGAUUCGCGGUUGCUGCAAAAGGACGCAAUGCUUCCGCUAGUUAUCUACUGGAAUCACUUCCGAGGAAAGUUCUAAUGAGGUAUGUUUAGAAUAAUUAAUUUGUUAGAAGUUGAUAACUGUGGCGUUCG